UGACACUGGAGUUAAAUAAAACAGCUUUGAAGAAAGCUCUUGUUUUAAGAAAAAAGUCUGAAAGAGUAAUAUUUAUUAUUGAAUAAAUGAUUUUAUACAUCGAUGCUUUGCGCGCGAACGCAGACGGAAAAGCACAUAAAUUGAAAGACAAAUAAACAAAUAAAAUAAACACGUAUUUUACAAAAGACAACAGUGCACCAAGAUGGCUUCAUUCUUCAAUGUGGGCGCUCUGGGCAAUGUUUUCUCAACACCCAUUGGACAGCGUAUCGAGGCCGCCACCGAUGCGUCACUGGCCUCGGAAAAUUGGGCGGCCAACAUGGAAAUCUGCGAUAUGAUCAACGAAUCCUCGGACACGGCUCGCGAUGCAAUGCGCGCCAUACGCAAACGUCUCUCACAGAACGCCGGGAAGAACAAUCAGGUGAUUAUGUAUACGCUCACCGUGCUGGAGACGUGUGUGAAGAACUGCGGCAAGGCGUUCCAUAUGCUUGUCGCCCAAAAAGAUUUCAUCAAUGAGCUGGUCAAGUUGAUUGGGCCAAAGAAUGAUCCGCCAGCUGUGAUGCAGGAGAAGGUGCUCAGUCUCAUACAGAUCUGGGCAGAUGCAUUCAAGAAUCAACCGGAUCUCAAUGGCGUCACGCAGAUGUACAUGGAGCUGAAGAAUAAGGGCAUCGAGUUUCCGCCCACCGAUCUGGAUGCCACGGCACCGAUAUACACGCCCCAAAGGAGCGUGCCUGAAGUGCCGCAUCCACAGCUCAUGGCUGCACAGCAUCACGCCAUUUCGCCACAGCAUGCGGCAGCUGGAGCUGCUGUGGCGGUGCCCACAGGACCGUUGCAUUUGACACCGGAGCAGGGCGCCAAGUUGCGGUCGGAACUGGAAAUCGUCAGCAAUAACAUGAGCAUUUUGGCCGAAAUGCUGAGCGUAUUGAAGCCGGGCCAGGAGACGCCCGAUGACUAUGCAUUACUCAACGAGCUGACCGCCACCUGCAAGGAGAUGCAAUCGCGCAUUGUCGAUCUGAUUGGCCGCGUGCAGGACGAUGAAUUGACUGCGGAAUUUCUGCGCAUCAACGAUGAGCUCAACAAUGUGUUUUUGCGUCAUCAACGCUACGAGAAGAGUCGUGCCCAAGGCAGCGCAGCUGGAGGCGGAGCCGCUGCAGUUACUUCACCAUCAGCAGUGCUUGGCGCUGCCAUGGGUGUUCCAGGGGUCACAACGGCGACAGCAGGAGCUGGAGCUGGAGCAGCUGCAUCGCCAUCGAAUGCUGCUAUCAGCAAUACGCCGCAAAGUGAUCAGCUGCUAAUUGAUUUAAUUGAGAGCAGCGAGGAGCAGCUGCCACAGACCUUUGGACAGUUGCAACUGGGCGCUACAGGUGGUGGCACAGCUGCCGGAGCAGUGGCAGCUGGAAUUCCCGCUGCAGCUGCUGCUGCCGAUGAAUUCGAUAUGCUCGCACAGUCGCGCACCGAUGGCAACCAUAGAACGGAUCUGCUGCGCGAUAUUCCCAGCGUGGAUGCAGCGGCUGGCAGUGUUGCAUCGCCCUAUAGGCAGCCAAAGCAGUCACCUACGCCACAGCAGCAAGGUCGUGGAUUAGCCGGCGAUCCGCCGGUGGUAAGUAAAUCGACGAAAGAGAAUGAGAUCGAUGAAAUGGAGGCAUGGCUGGGCAGCUCAAAGGACAUUGAUGGUAUUGAGGAACUGACCAGCUCCGAGUUUGAUAAAUUCCUUGAGGAACGCGCCGCAGCCGCUGAAAAUCUUCCAACGAUCAAUGCAUCGAAUUCCGCCGCUAGUGCCACGACAGGAUCAGGAUCGGGGCUCGCCCGCGGACCCGAUAGCAGCUUACGACAGACGACACCAAAGAAACCCGGCGCUGACGAGGAUCUGCUUGCGCUUUGAGUGCACAGAUUCACAUCCAUUCAGAUCCUUUUUGCAUCCUGUGCAGUUCCCGCAUUGUUUAAUCUUUCAAAAAUGUUACACACGCCUAACAUAAUAUAUUUAUACAUAACGUAUAUACAUUAUGCAUACAUAUAACAAAAAAAAAAUAGCAUACAUUAUACAUUUCAAUGUAAAAUGCUUUUAUUUUCUGUAAUUCAUUUUUCUAAAUCUUUACAAAAUAUUAUUUACGAAAAACAAAAAUUCCAAAAAAACGAACAAAAAAAAAAAAAAAAAGAAUC